GGAGAUGUCCGCAAUGAUGGUCCUGUAAUUGUUCACCUCACACAGUUUUACCCGCUGGAGAAGAGAAGCAGCGAUUACAGCCAUGUCACGGUACCACAAAGCAGCCAUUGACGGCUAUUUGGAUCUUUUGAAAGAGGCCACCAGAAAAGACCUGAACACCCCGGAUGAGGACGGCAUGACACCCACUCUCUGGGCGGCCUAUCAUGGACACAUCGAAGCCCUCCAGCUCGUCUGUAGCAGAGGGGGGGAUCCAAACAAAAGUGACAUCUGGGGCAACACGCCUCUGCAUCACGCCGCAGCAAACGGACACAUGCAGAUCCUCAGCUUCUUGGUGAACUUCGGAGCCAAUCUCUUCGCUCUGGACAAUGAUUUCCACACGCCCAUGGACGUGGCGGCCUCUCGAGACCACAUGGACUGCGUUCGCUUUCUGGACAACUCUGCGGCCCAGCAGACGGGCCAGAACGCCAAAAGAGUGGCCCGUCUAAAGGAGCAGGCCACCAAAGAUGCAGAACGGCGAGUGAAGCAAUGCGAACGGGUCAAGAAGAAGCAUCAGAGUAAGAUGGAUAAAAUGUACCGUGGCGGAUCCGUCUCCGAGGGAAGUUCGUUUUCCGGCACCGGGACUCUGAGCAGUGAAAACAGUGAACAAUUCUCCAAACUCAUUGCUGCAGACACCAACGGAUCUAUUACAUCUACAAUCAAAGGAACCCUCCAGCGCAAAUUUGGCAAGAAGGACAAAGGCACGGUGAGCAAACAAGGCGACGGCAAUGUGAUUUUCGUCAAGCAGGAUAGUGGCUCGCAAGAAAAACCCGAAUUCGUUGACGUCUUCAAUGAGCAGGAUGAACUUCAGGAUGAUGAUGAUGGUGAUAGAAAUUCGGAUGAGGAAGGAGCGGGGAAGGGGAAGUCUAUUUUUGAAAGACCAGGUCUUGGGAAAAUGGUCUUUCGGCGCAAUUUCUCAAUGGAAAUGGCUAUGGAUCCUGAAGACCUCCCAAUCGGUAAUACAGAAGACCUAGGGUAUUUAAUCCGUCAGGAGUUGUUUGAAACCGUGGAUGAAGGAUUGGAAGGUUUGGAUGAAGAUGCAGAGCUGCCCUGGAAUGAAGAGGAGAUUGGUUUGAAUGAGGAGGAGGAGGAGACCUCUCAUUUGGAUUCGUUUUUGGCAUCGAUCGGGCUGAUGGACUUCGGGCCGGUGUUCACCCGCGAACACUUGGACCUGGAAGCUUUGAUGCUGUGCACUGAUGAGGAUCUGAAAGGGAUACGCAUUCAGCUGGGCCCACGGAAGAAGAUCCUGGAGGCGUCGAGUCGCAGGAAAGCAGUUCUGGAUCAGCCCGGAGCAUUGAAAGACACUUUCCUUUAAGAGAAGACUUUGCGGUAGGGAUUAAUGAAUUUGAACAUGAGAUUGUCAUGCAGAUUUGUCUACUCUGUGAUCAGCUGUGAAUCUCCAGAAUAAUAAUAACACAUAUAAUGACGUUUUUACUCACUUCAUAGCUUCAGUCAAAUGUUAAUAAGUCCUUCUUUAAGUCUUCUCACACAAUAAAGCAUCCAACAUAUUUCAUAAUAGCAUUCUGGGCUACGUUUUAUUACCAGGAAAAUUAUAAUAAGAAGAACUCUUGUCGUUGUCGUAUUUAUUAAUCCUGUAAAAUCCAUUGAAAGUAGUUUAAACUUCUGUUUAUUUUACAAUUUUUUCCGUUCAGCCCUACUUUGUGUCAAGUUCUGCAGUACACAAACGUUUACGUUAUUUCUAAUGUCUUGUUUCCAUUGAGCGGUACAGUUCGGUACGGUACAGUACAAGGCGGCCCUUAAAUAAAUUUGAAUUUCCCAUAACAUGACUUUAAAACACUUCUAACGUCAAGACAAACACUAAUCCACAAAUUGAUGGACUCCACCCACCUUCUACUUAAACCAAUCAGAUACCAGCAAUGUGGUGCUGAGCACUCAUUCUCAACCAAUCACGCUUUGCCUUACAAUCAGAGCGGGACCAGCCGUGAUUAACCAGUCUUUUCAAAAUGGACGGCCAGGAUAGUAGUGAUGGGAAGUUCGAAUCAUUAUACUGACUCGGAUCUUUGAGUCUUGUUCAUCGAGAUGAACAAAUCUUUUUUCGAGUCAUUUUGUUCAUUUAGUUCAAUUUGCCAAAAUAUUAUUAAAAUGUUACGAAUUGCUUCCAAACACAUUUACAACUAGCCCAAACUGUUGAUCGCACGACAAAUAAGUCAAAAAUAGAAGACUAUAAGGAGAAAAUAAUGUUUACCUGCUGUUUUGUCUGUGAAGGUAUAGUUGUCUCCUUGCUCAGCUCACCUCCUCAUGUCUUCAAAUGUCAGUGGUACGUUCACGUUACACUGACAGUCACAUAUAAUCUUAACCAAAGUAUACAGUCUGAGCCAAUAGGAGCCAUGAUAAUCAGUUCACCUUUCAAUUCAAUUCUUUUUUCGGCUCUAAACGCAUAUGAUUGGCUUCUGCCUUUCCGCAAUGAACGACUCAAAAGACUUGAAAUGAACGACACCACCUGCACAAAAAAGUGCGGAUGAACGAAUCACUCCCUGAGAGGACUCGUAGUUCCCAAAUCAUAUUAAAGAUUCAUUUAAAGUGAACGAAUCGUUCAUGAACGACCCAUCACUACAGGAUAGUCAAGACAGGUCAAUGUUGCUCAACACAGCAUUGUUGUAAUAAUACGGAGCUGUCCUUUUUAAAGAGACUGGUUAAUGGACUGCAUGAUCUCCUCUGCAUUUGCGCUCUGCUAGCAUGGUUACUUCUAGAGCAGCACAGCGAUCACUGUAUGCGGAUGGUACAGGAGUGGACUAUAGAUUACACUAAAUUAUUUAAAUGAGCUUAUUUACAAAAAAAAGUGUUCCUUUAAGUGAUCCACAUGCUUGUUUCUUUCUUUUUUCCCCCUCAAUAAAUUACAUUUCACUAUCUUUUACAAUAAAAUCUUCAUGAACCAGAAAUGAAA